AUGAUCUCCCAGGUCUCCACUACUCUCCCACAGCGAAAAGACGAUCCCGUGAUCAGCUUCCAAAAGAAAGAUGUAAUCGACCUUGAACUACCACACAACGACGCCCUUGUCAUCAGCAUUCAAAUUGCUCAAGCCAUGGUUGACCGAAUCCAUGCAGACGAGGGCAAUGCAGCCAACAUCCUACAAUUGGUAGUCAUCCAACAGAUGGGCUUAGAGACAAGGAUCAAUAAAUCAGCCAAGUCGCUGACUGGCUUCAAUGGCAUAACAACGGUUACCAUGGGCACGAAAGAUCUCGACGUCUACUCCCCACCUAUAAUCAGCUUGCAAACGUUAAUGGUCAUUGAUAAAGUCUCACCCUACAAUGGCAUUCUAGGCAGACCAUGGAUCGGCAAGAUCAAUGCCAUCACCUCUGCCACACCUCUGCCAUCACCUCUGCCACACAUCAGAAGAUCCGUUAUCCAAUCCCUGGACGUAGUAUCGGCCAGAUCAAUAGCGAUCAGGCAAUGGCGAGGAAAUGCUCAGCUCAAGGGGUAA